GGACUUCUCAUUCCUCUCCAUGUUCGUCGCUCGGGCUUGCCGACGCACACUACGCCGGCGCGGUGGGCGCACCACGACCCCCUCUCGAACCGAGCCCAGGGGUUAUGCCGCCUCCGCGCUUGCUGUGCGCCGCAACGGUCUCGAGACCUUCCUCCAGCGGCCCUCGCAGUACGCUAUCCUCCCUCCGCCCCUCCCCCCGUCCUUCACCUCCGCCGAAAACGACUACUGGUACAGCGACUCGACCACGCAGGAGCUCAUAGCAGUCAUGGACGCGUGCCUCUACAACACGUACGACGUCCCCCGGGCCAAGGGCAUAUUCGACAGGUUACAGGCGCAGGGCAACCCCGCGGUGCAGAUACACAUGAUCAACACCAUGCUCGAGGCGUACACGAAGAUGGCGGUGGCGCAUAAAGAUGAGGCGGACUACUGGGUCGAGAGCGCGUGGGACCUGUUCGAGAGUGCCGCAGAGCCCACCGCGACGACGUUCGCCGCCAUUGCGCUUAUUCGACACCGCUUCCCGGACCACGCGCAGAGGACUUUCUCGUCCAUUCUCACCGGUAUCAUCCAGGCCGACAUCCCCAUCUCGGAUCUGGUUACGGACCGGGUGCUGGUCGAUGACGAAGAGGCGGUGGACAUCAUCAGGGAGCUCUCGAAGGCGGCAAUCGACCUGAAUUUGCCGCAUAUCGUGGCGGAACUCGGGGAAGCAGAGUCUCUGGGACUAGACGAGGAAGAGGAAUCCGUCCCCGCCGUGCGUCCCGUGGUGAAGCAGACAGAUAAGACCGUGCCGUUCAACCUCGAGACGCUGCGAAAGCAUCUGUCCCGGGCAGCAUCUGCGCGGCGGGCACUGCCCGCAGAUGUAAAUGCGCGACAAAAGCUCCUGGAAGACACGGUGUAUGACGCAGCGAAGGAGCGACUCGCCAAACAAAACGAAAUGUUCAACAAACUCGGAAUUCAGGACACGACACUCAUGCAACGGGAUCUCCAGCGCUGGAUGUGGCAGUGGCAUCUCCUUCUCAAGGACCGGCUGGCAGUCGAAAUCAAGGAGAUUGCUAUGAACGAGGCCGGCCGACGCCUCGGGCACAAGGGAAAACCCAUCCUCUCGCCCUAUCUCUCUCUCGUCAACGCCGAAAGAUUGAGCAUGCUCACCAUCAUUGAGGUCAUGCGGCUGCAAGGAACGGGUGGUGUGAGCGAGGGAAUGAAGACCACUCGGGCACUGAUCAGCGUUGGCCGAGCCGUCGAGCAGGAGUACAAAGCCCACAUGUGCAAAGCCAAUCACAUCGACCUCCCGGCCACCGACGUCUCCCGUGACUACUUCUCGAAAAUGGGCUAUCGCAGCCUCCAGGAGCGACGGGUCACGGCAGCGAAGAUGAUGACGGACAACGAGGGAUGGACGGCGGCGUGGACUCAGGCCGUUCGCAGUCAAGUUGGCGCUAUCUUGGUCGAGUGUCUGAUGGAUGUUGCCCAAAUCACUCGAACUAAGAUGAACAAAAUGACGAACGAGCCUAUCUCUGAGGAGCAGCCCGCGUUCUACCAGAGUUACGAGUAUAUGCGAGGACAGAAACUGGGAGUCAUUCGAUUGAAUCCUGCCGUCGCAGAACGGAUUUCGAAGGAGCCGAUGAUCCUUCACCCUCGUCAUUUGCCUAUGCUCGUCAAGCCCCGGCCUUGGGUAGAUUACAACCAGGGAGGGUAUCUUUAUUCGAAAUCCAACGCCAUGCGCUUCAAAGAUUCAAUAGAACAGCGCUCCUACCUCAAGCACGCUUCCGAGAUGGGGCACAUGGAACUUGUGUAUGCUGGGCUGGAUGUGCUGGGAAGCACGCCAUGGCAGAUCAACAAACGGGUGUUCGAUGUCGUGCUCGAGGUAUGGAACUCGGGGAAGCGGCUGGGAAAGAUGCCUCCCGAGGUCUAUGAUGUCCCCGAGCCUGAGGCUCCCGAGAACAUCGACACAGACCUGGCGCAGCGCAACGUGCACGGUAUCCGGAUGAAGGCCUACAAUCAAGCCAAGGCUGCAAACCAUUCGGAUCGGUGCAGUGUCAACUACAAAAUCGAAAUCUCGCGCUCCUUCCUCCACGAAACGUUCUAUCUCCCCCACAAUAUAGAUUUCCGUGGGCGAGCCUAUCCGAUUCCUCCGCAUUUGAACCACAUCGGAGAUGAUCUGUCGCGUGGACUCCUCAAAUUCGCCGACAAGAAACCGCUCGGGGAGCGAGGCUUCCGCUGGCUCAAAAUCCAUCUGUCCAACUUGUACGGCUUUGACAAAGCGAAUUUCGAUGAUCGCGCGCUCUUCACUGAACAGCACAUGGACGACAUCUACGACUCUGCGCUCAACCCGCUGACAGGCCGAGCAUGGUGGCGAAAAGCAGACGAUCCUUGGCAGUGCCUAGCCGCCUGCUUUGAGCUGUACUCCGCGAUCGAGAGUGGUGACCCAUUCACUUACGAGUCGAAUCUUCCUGUGCAUCAGGAUGGCACGUGCAAUGGGCUGCAGCACUAUGCAGCACUCGGGGGUGAUGCCCAGGGAGCCCAGCAGGUCAACCUUGCCCGGGGUGACAAGCCGUCGGAUGUAUACUCGCAUGUUGGUGGCAUGGUGGAGAAGAUGCUGGCUGAAGAUGCGGCAAAAGGCGAGCAUUACGCUCUCUUACUGCAGGGCAAGAUCGCUCGUAAAGUCGUCAAGCAGACUGUCAUGACCACCGUGUACGGUGUGACGUUUGUUGGCGCUCGAGACCAGAUCGAAAAACAGCUCAGGGAUCGCAAAGACAUUCCGGAGGAAGAGUGCUGGGGGGCCUCAGCCUAUUUGGCCAAAAAGGUGCUCUCAGCUAUUGGGGAUCUCUUCACCGGAGCACAAGACAUUCAAAACUGGCUCAACUUGUCUGCGCGACUGAUCUCGAAGUCGAUUCCUGGUGACCGGAUACCUGAAGCGCUCAGAGAAUACAAGGAAAGCAAAGUCCGAAAGAACGCGGUGAAGAAGACUCUUCCAGAUCAUAAGCUCCGGAAGGAGCAGAUGACCUCGGUUGUUUGGACCACGCCUCUGGGCCUGCCGGUUUGCCAGCCGUAUCGAAAGGCGAUGAAGAAGCAGGUCAUGACCUCGAUGCAGUCCGUCUACAUCACCGACCCUCUGGCCCCUGCGGAAGUCAACACGAUGAAACAGGCCUCGGCAUUCCCACCUAACUUCAUCCACAGCCUUGACGCGACGCACAUGAUGCUGACUGCCAUCGAAUGCCAAGUGCAGGGUCUCACGUUUGCCUCGGUACACGAUUCGUACUGGACUCAUGCCUCGGACAUCGACACAAUGUCUUCGGUCAUCCGCGAUACGUUCAUCGCUCUGCACAGCUCAGAUGUCCUGCAGAAACUGCGUGACGAGGUUCGUGGUGCUUCUGCGGAGCGCAUAUGGCACUCACCCACAAUCGUCAGUUUAUGAAGCGAUACGCCGGAUUCCAGAUUCCGCUGUUGCAUCUCCGCACUCCAGGGCUCUUGAAAACGUUGCGUGCAGCCGGUUCGCGAAUCCACGCCAGUCCGGAGCAGGCAGAAACCUUGGGCAGUUUGGGCGACUUGGUCGAGAUAUCGGAUGAGGUCGAGUCCACAGUCGAGGUUAAGAAGGUCUACGAAGACCUGGACGAGCUUCUGGAGGGCUUGGACCUGAGCGGGGUCGAUCUCGAGUCCGAAGACCCUCCAGAGUCGGUUCUGGCUAUUGGUGAUGAUGCCGAGCCCUCUCUCGAAGCUGAGGAGGAAGAGACCCCCUCGCCGAGAGGUCGGCCCUCGAAAAAGGCUCCCCGCAAGGUUCUGACCGAGGAGGAGAAAAAAGCAAGGCGUGCCGAGUUGAAGAGGCGCGAAAUUGUCCAGCUUAUGGGCAAGUUCGUCAACCUCACAGACCUGCUUCCUCCGCUGCCGAAAAAAGGGUCCUUCGAGGUCAAGUUGAUCAAGGACUCGCCGUAUUUCUUCUCUUAAGGUACAGGGCCGCCGCGCGUUUCCACUGCUUUCGUUGCAUAUGCAUCUUUCGUAUUUUUAUCCACUGCAUACUUACAUCUUACACACAACGGUCCCCUACUCACGGCAUCGUACCACCAGCAUUAAUUGUAUACUAUCUGUAGACGAAUGGAAUCCCUAGAACAUCUUGGAGGCUGA